UGGCGGGAAAUGUAAAAAGGAAAACAAGGGAAUUUUACAAGAUUCAACAUGGUUGCAGAAAGAAAUUCUGUUUUGUCUAAAAAAAGGAAGACAAGUGGUGAACAUGGGGAAGAAAAGUUAAAAGGUGGCCAAAAGAAAAGAAAAGGCAGUGAGGAUGAAGAUAUAUACCAAAACAAUUCUACUUUUUGUGAAUUAGUGAACAAAGCAGGACUUACAUUAAUGAAGGGAAAUAAACCUAAUUCACUAGGUGUUGACCAGGCAGUAUUUCAGAGAAAUCUUCAAGUUUCAUUAAAAAGACAUGAAAGUUAUCCAGAGGUUUUAGAUGAAUUUGUGGAAGGAUUCCAAGAAUAUAUUGAGGACCAAAAGAGAUUACACAACAGCCUGGUUCCUACAUUUACAGCAUCAGAGUGUGACAGUGCAAGAAGUGUUCACCAAGACUGUUUAGUUAGAUUACUACUUGGAGUUGAUUUAAUACAGACAAAACUAAUGCAUUGCUUGUUAGAAAAGUUGGCAGAAUUUACAGAAGAUGAUCAAUCUAUAUUUGAACAUGGGGAGAAAGUAAACAUACCAAGAUUAUUGAUGAGUCAGUUCAGAUGGCUAGACAGAAUUUUGGCAGGAAAGGAAAUUACAGAGAAAAUGGUAGAGAUGAUUGGAAUCGUUACACUUGAUGUUCAAAGGGAGAUAAUUUCUUGUUUACCAGAAGUGGUGGAAGAUUCAGAACACGGGGAUGUAGCCACUGCAUUAAGAGAUUUACUCUCACACAACACACAGCUGACAGUUUCCAUUCUAGAUUCCUUGGCUAAUCUGAACCUUACUUCUGAAUUAUUGUCUGAGGUGAGAGGAACUGUUUUAAAGACUCUCCAUUCUGCAGAGGUAGAAGAACUCCCAGUGAUUAUAAAGUUUUUAUUACAGUCAGUGAAUAAUCAAGAUGCAGUAGAGGUUGUGUCAGAAAUACGCUCUAACUUGGAUUUUAGUACAACUUUUAGACCUCCAAUAUCAUCUACACCUCACCAGUCUGUUCAAAGGAACAGGGAUAAAAGAUUGCAGAGAAUAAGUGGUGAUGUGAACAGGGGAGCUGAAGCUUUAACUUUGGAUGCCAUUAAAUCUAGUAUUAGAUUCCAGAAAUGUGUGGCAGAAGCUUGUGUUAAGGCAAUAGAUGGAGUAAAACAGCCGGGUGAUCAUAAAGUAAUAGACAUAUUCUUAUUGCUGAUUCUACACAGUACAAACAGGAAGAAACCUGUGGAAAGUCUGGUCAGAAAUAAGAUCAGGGCUGGUGGUAUAACAGAGGUUCUACUACAAGAUAUCUUUACAAAUCAUAAUGAGGUGCUAAGAGAGUUUUUCCCCUCCAUUUUAUCCCUAGCAGAAGUACUGUUGAGAUCACCAGAACCAGCAGUGUCGUAUAUAGCAUGUACCCUAUACACAAAAGCAUUUGUAGCAUUUGAUUCAUUUUGUCAACAGGAAAUAGUAGGAAACCUGGUGACACAUAUUGGCAGUGGGUUUGAAAGUGAAAUAGACCAUUCAUUAGAUAUUCUGUCUGAUCUGGUGGAACAUUAUCUCUCAAAGAUGGCACCAUUUGCAAUAUUUGUAAAGGGUGUGUUGGAUUACUUAGAUAAUUUAUCAGUAAUGCAGAUAAGAAAACUUUACUCCAUGUUGAGUAUCCUGGCUUUCAGAAAUCCUAACGAUGGUGGAAUGAUACAGGAUGAUCUUCACAUUAUUAUAAGGAAACAGCUUUCAAACAACAGUCCAAAGUACAAAAGAAUGGGUAUUAUUGGUGCCAUAAUGAUUGUUAAAAGUAUAGCCUAUAAAAGUAAUAAUGGACAGUCUGGAUUGACAGAGGAAUCAUACAAGCAGGUUGUAGCCUUACUGAAUCUAGUAAGAACCAGUAUAAACAGGAUACCAGAAGCAGCAGCUCUCUUUAUGGAUGAACUUGCUAAUGUUAUACAGAAAGGUUGUCUGGAUCCUAAAGUUGAGGCCUGGAUAGACGAGACUGUAAUUUCAGAUUUUCAAGGAAAUUUUGUAUUAUAUGUGGACGAAUCGCCCAAGGAUGAGUGUUUAACCCCUGGAGAACUACAAUAUAAUCUUGACCCUGAAAGUGAAGAACCUAUUGCUAUAUACAUGUCACAUCUUGUAGAAAAAUCUGUUGCUGAUAAAAAGAAAAUAGCAAAUAAGGAUUCCUCCAGUGAAAGUGGCUUGAGUGAUCCAUUGUGUCUGUCCCCACACUUCAGACUGUUGUAUGUGUGUGAAUCUCGACAGCAAGAAGAUCUCAGUGAUAUCAAUGCUUUAUUAGGAUGCCCAGUGUUUUUACCAAAACCAGAAGUUUAUGAGAAGUUGGAGCCACUAUCACAGAAAGAAAAGGAGUUCCUGUGUGACAAUUUGUUCCUAUCACUCAACUGGUUCAGAGAGGUCAUCAAUGGUUUUGCCACUCAAACAGACCCAGAAAUGAAGGCCAAGGUCAUAUCAAGAUUACAUAAUAUUACAGAUCUUCAGAGGUCAUUGGAAAAAUGUUUGAAUGUUCAGCCAAGUUAUACCCCUCCACCUGCCCAUUUUGAUUGGUAUGAAGCACCAAAAACUGUCAUACAGAAUAUAGCUACUACAACUGAAGGAAAGAAGAAGAAAACUAAGAAAGCUUCUAAGAAAAAAGCAGAUAGUAAUGAAACAACCAGAGUUGAUGAUAGUGAUGAAAGCAGUAAAGAUUCAACACAUAUAGAAAAGGAUUCACAGAAUACACAAAUAACAGAAAAUAAAGAUGGAAAUAGUACCCCAAAGUCAGGAAUUAGUCUACAGAAUUACAGACCUUUCUUUAGGGAAAUUAAUAUGGAAGUCUUUACCAUUUUGAAUACAGGAAUGAUUACCGUAGCUGAUUUAGACACAGAACAGAAUACAAAGGCUACAACAGAACUAAGUAUUCAGCCACCACAGCUAGAAUUCUUGCUGGAAGAUUUGGCUUGCAAAUUAAGUCACAGUUUGAUAGCUUCAGCCUCAAAGAAGAAAACUUUCUUAAAACAAAAGACAGAUAAGAAUAUAGGAUUUUCCCACAUUGAUCAGUUAACUCCAAAGGAAGUAGCCACUAAAGCUGUAAAAUUAUUACCAGCCUUGUGUAAUCACUUAGAAGCUGCUAGUGGAUUCUUUCAGACUAUGAUUGCUGAGAAUGAUGGAAUGAUCGAUGGUCCAGGUUUUAAUAGUCCUGAAUCCUUACUGAUGGCAUCUUGUUUCCAGUUAAUUCUCCAGACAAUGUGUUCUCUGUUCUCAUGGAAUGGAUUUCUGAUGUCAGAUAACAAGUCACUGUUUAAAGAAGGACUUGGAACAUUAGUAUCAAGGAUCAAAACAACCUCUGGUUCUACACAAUUAUCUAGGCAGGAUCUCAUUAAGACAUCGUUUCAGUACAUUAAGAAUUUUGCAGACAUGGUACCAAACAUAACUACAGCUGUCAGUGUUGUUAAGUUAUUAACUGUAUUAGCAGAUAAAUCUGACUCCAGAGAUCUUCAUGGACAAAUCCCAAAAAUUUGUGAGGAAUUUUUGAAAAGGGAAUGGAUGUCUGCAGAUGGACAAAAAGAAAAAGGUGUUAAAUAUAAUGAAAAUUUACAGAUAAUAAUAAGAGCAUUUAUGGUGUACUCAGAUGACCCAUUAUCUGCAGCUGAAACCAUAGCAACUAAAGGAAUGCCUGAGCUCUUGGAAACAGAUAAAAAUGGCUGCUCAGCCACCUUUCCCACAUUAAACAGAUCAUCCUUUUCAACUUUCUACAGGGUUAUGUUUAAUCAGUUGAUUGAUUGUAUAAAAACUAUGGCACCAGCAAAGCAAACAGAUUCUAGAGAGGUGAAGAUAGACAAGCUGCUACAGUGGAAUCAAGCUGUCAGAAUAUUACAUAUCCAUAUAAAUUUGAUAAAGGCAUUUGAUGGAAGAGGAAAUGUAACAUCAGCAUUAAAGUGUGGAAGACAGUUUAUAGAGAUAUUUUUAAGACAAGGCAUGCCAUUACUGGACACCAUGUUCCGUACGAACAGAGAGGAUGUACAAGGGUUACUGAAAAAUCUACAGAUUAGUACCAGAUAUCUUCAUCAUAUGUGUGGACAUUCUAAGAUCAUGAAAGAUGUAUGUCUGACAAAUUUGGUACCAUUGAUGAAGAAAUGUUUGGAAGCUUUUGUUUAUCGUGUCAAGGCUAUGCUGACUAUGAAUAAAUGUUUAGAAGCCUUCUGGUUAGGAAACCUAAAAAACAGAGAUUUACAGGGUGAGGAGAUUUUAUCACAGACUUCUGCUACAAAUGACCAAGGCAGUGAUGAUGAGGCUCCUGAGGAGGAUCAAGAAGAAAGUGAUGUUGAAAUGGAUAACCAAAGUGAGGCUGGAGAUCAGACCAAUCAGGAUGGAGAUGAUAGUGAUGGACAAUCUUGCAGUGAAACUUUCUAAUGAAUGGACUGUUGCUGUUGUGCCAAUUAUUUGAAGAGAUAUGAAACUUCACAUGUCAAAAAAGAUGAAAUGAUUAAUUCAAAAAUGAUCAAUUUAUCUCUUUGAUCACAAAAACAGAUUAACUGGUUACAAAGAUGUUACCUUGAGAAUUAAAUGUUAAUGAACCUAAAGCUGUUUGAGCACUCAAAAUAUUUUGUAAGGAAUUUUUAUUUGUCAGUAUUGGGUGUUAAAUAGAUGUGUAUUUAUUCAGUUGGAGUACAGUAUACUGUUUUCAGUAAAAUGUUUAGCAAGUCAAUGCAUGUAAAUUAGUCAGCACUCGGCAAAAACAAUAGUCGGCUUACAUGAAAGUUUCCUGUAAAUUAGUCAGCACUUGGCAAAAACAAUAGUGUGCUUAUAUGAAAGUUUCAUGUAGAUUAGUCAGCACUUGGCAAAAACAAUAGUGUGCUUACAUGAAAGUUUCCUGUAAAUCAUUACAUUGUAUUACAUACUAUAUCUUCAUAAAGGUAAAGUUAGUGGGACCAGAGAAAAUUGAUUAAACAAAUCCAAAGUUUGUCUUUGAAAACAUUAAUUGAAUGAUCUUCAACUUUAUGAUAAGAUAAUGUAUAAUUUUUGCAUGUUUAUGGAGGGUAUCUAUGGAAAAGAUUUCAGGGUUAAAGUUAAAGUUUUGAGUACUCCAAGUUCUAAACUUUUGUGGAGUUACUUGUAUAUUGAUUUAUAUUGAAAUCAAGAUCAUGGGAAAAUCAAUGUUUCAAAUCUGUUGCAUAAAUAUUGAAUUAUGAAGUAUAAAGUUUGAGUAUUUGAAGGAAAUAUAUUCAACAGAAAUGUUUUGUUAUAGUUUUUUCAGUUAUUCUUAAUCUCAAAAUUUCGAUUGCAAUAUUAUUUUUAGCUGUUGAAUAGACUGCAGUGGCAUGAAUUGUAGAGCAAUAAGAAAUGUUUUUUUUUUAAACUGGUCAAAAAUGAAUGGGUUGGAGACAGGAAAAGUUGAACAUACUACAAUGUUCUGAACAUGUCUCAAAAGGUCGAUGGGCCAUUACAUUUUUAGCUAUAAAAUAUUAAGAAAAAAUCAUUUGAACCAAAAGUUUCAAAAAAAAAAUUAAAUCUUAAAAAUUAAAUGCAAAAAUUACACAAAAUUAUUUUAUAUAAAUUUAAAAACAAAUGUCUUGAAUGAUGAUAAACAUAUUGUUAUCCCUGCCAGCAUUAUCGGAACAUGUGGAUAAAAAACAAAUCAAAUGGUACAUUUAUUAGUGACUUAUCUUAUAAUCAGUUAGAUCACAUGUAGCAUUGCUUUUUACUUAUGGAGGUAAUAAUGACAAAGCUCUAAUAUUGUCAAUUCUUCUGUUAUGACUAUCUUUUUGGAAAAUGAUGCUAUCAGCGGCAUGUUUCCGAUACCAUUGACCAGAACUUAAGGAAGUCGAUUAUUGCCUCCGCCUACCGCACUCGGUUUCAUAUUUACUAUUUUACAUACUAACUGGAAUCUGCUUAUAUUACGCUACAGUCGAACAAAAUGUUGUAGUCGGACGGGAACCAGUUUACAUACUUUAUUUUAUUUACCAAAAAGAUAUCUUGACCUGUCCAUAUGUUUUUUGUUAUUAAAUGGUAUUUGGAGCUAUCCCUUUGUUAAUGUUAUAUUUUUCAUAUUUAUUCGAGCUUUCACUUUUAUGCUCAUGUCUUACAAUCGUAAACAAUCGGUAUGUAUACAUGAUAAAUAGAUCACGGUUUUGUUAUGGUGUUGGACUUUUUACCCUCCAAUGAUCAGCAAUCGCUAGACAAAAUAGUUCUCCUAAAUAAUGUCAGCCUUUCAUGCCAUUUCAUCAUUAAAAAAAGUGAAAAUCGGAAUCAUUUUGAUAUCCAUUGGAUAGAAACUGGUCUUUAUCCAGAUUUACGAAGAUUUUAAAAAUUGGAAAUUAGUAAUACGGUUAUACCCACGCGGUGCGUAUGAAUCUUUGUUUACAAAACAGGAUUUCGGAACGUCUCUAGUUUUUAGAUCGUAAGUCACGAUAAACUCAAACUGAAAGUAAACAGUUGUUUGUAAAACGCAGGUUUACUCACCAUAAACAAGCUGAAACGUUCAGUAUGGCAUAUAGUUUAGGUUAAAGACCGUCCCAUUCAUUUAAAAAGCAUUUUGAAAGUAGACGAUGGGAUUAUUUCAGGUUUGGGGAACGAGUAAAUUAUCACAAAGUUCAUUUCUUGACGACCUCAUAAUUUCAUCAUGUCAAUGGUACAAAUCGAUUUUUACUGUUUACUUCUCAUGUUUUGUAUUUGAACGGUCGUUUAUUUUUAAACCCGAACCAGGCAUAUGCAUUCUGUAAUUGUGCAAAUCUUCGUUCUUUGGUCAAUUGGCUUAUGGAUAGUUGUAUCAAUUUCAACUCUUACAUUAUUUUUUUUUUAAAUAUAUUUGCAUUACACAUGCAAUGGCAGUACCUUUCCAAUUACUAUUUAUGUGUUGUGUCUAAAUUAAAGUUGUAACACUUUAUAGUGACUGGAAAGGGUAGAAAAAUUCAUCAGAUGAGAAAAGGCUGAAGAUACUUCAAACGGCACCGAAUCAUUAGAUAUUGCAUCUUAUAAAAAGAAACUGAGAUUUGGAUAGUUCCACUUCAAGGUAAAAAUGUUUAUCUCUUGUGAAAUGAAAUAAAAAAAAUAUUGUAACACUGUAAUUAAUUAAUAAAGAUACUAUUACGUGUAUUUCUGUAUUGGCCUUAUUAUUGGUUCUCGGCCAGCAGUCAAACGGCGCCGAUCCAUUAGAUAUUGCAUCUUAUAAAAGGAAACUGAGAUUUGGAUAGUUCCACUUCAAGGUAAAAAUGUUUAUCUCUUGUGAAAUGAAAUAAAAAAAAUAUUGUAACACUGUAGUUAAUUAAUAAAGAUACUAUUACGUGUAUUUCUGUAUUGGUCCACGGCCAGCAGUAUUGGCCUUCCGCUUCACCUCAGACCAAUACACCCAAGACAUGGACCAAUAACAAGGCCAAUACAGAAAUACUGACGCAAUGAUAUUAUAGAAUGACAGUAUGGUUCAAUAGCGGGAAUCAGCCCCUCAACUACUUUUUACAUAAAUAUUAACUUCUGGCUUCAACGCUUUGUUCGUCUUGUCUGGAGAUCUUGCUUGUAGUUCCAGUUCAGCAAGCAUUUUAGAGACGUAUCCCGUCCAUCCUCUUUUGACUUGUAAUCUCUGGUGAUAGAUUUUGCCGCUUGACAUUGUAUCCCUUCAAGCUUGUUUUUUUUUGUUACCGUGUAGGGGUCCCAUACUAUGGCUCCAUAUUAAAUUAUAAGAUCCAUUCCUAAAGAUCUAGAUCAUUGUUCUUAUCUGACACAAAUUUCAAUAACUGGAAUGCUACCCAAGUUGAAUAUAUGGUGACCCACGAGAACAGCAUUAUCACUAUUGAAAUUGUGUUUAAUACCAUGAUUGUUCAAUGUCAUUAACUUAAAUGGAGACAGACAUUUGACCUGAAAGACAUGAAAGGUGGUGUGGGAGUGCAAAAUCAAAAACUAACUGACUAUGAUAUAUGAUUAAAGAAUGAAUAUCAAUUACAUGGGUCAACAUGGUCAAGGGCAGAGUUGUUAUAAAAUAACAAUAUGGCAGAGAAGUGGUUUCAAGUUUCAUAUAAAGCGACCUGACUGACAUGAAAUAAAAAAUCGAAGGAGUAUCCCUAUUUGUCUAAUCUUCAAGGUGAAAUAAAACUAGUAAAACAAUAUACUAUUGUCUUAAUAUACAGAAAUAUAAUUUGCUUCAAGUAACAGAAAUAACUAGGUCACUAGUAACUUAUUUAAUGAGUAUGUUGGGUAUAAGAGCUUGCUAACAUCAGGCUCUUCAUAAUCAUUUGGUUUGAAAAGGAUACUAGUAGUCUAUAUUCUUGAUUUAGAAAAAUGUAAUAGCAAGAAAAAAAUCACAUUACUUAGAAUACUUUAGAUCAUUCAGGUAGUCUUUAUUUAUAUGUACAAAAGAACAGCCAGUAGUCAUUGGAUAUUGUAGAUCAUUCAAAUAGUCUUGACCUUUUUAUUAGUACAAAAGAACAGCCAGUAGUCAUUGGAUAUUGUAGACCAUUCCGGUAGUCUUGACCUAUUUAUUUAUACAAAAAAACAGCCAGUAGUAAUUGGAUACUGUAGAUCAUUCAGGUAGUCUUGACCUAUUCAUUUGUACUGAAAAAACAGACACAUAUACGAAUAUCAAUUAUAUGCUUACGAGACAUGUUGCAAUGUUAAACUUAUUACGGUAUGUGAAAAUCAAGACUUGCAUAAAAAAUAUCACAAUAUUAGAGACAGUGGCGUCAUUUUUCCUCAGAGCUUUCAGCUCUUUGAUUCUUUUGUUAUAGUUUGUUAGAGCUUUUGUACAUUUGUAUUGUUAAGACUAUACUCUGAUGUAUUUAAUUUUCAUAUUAAAAAGAAUGAAAUAA